AUGAUAUUCCCUUCCAAGGUUUUCCUGUCGAUCCUCUUUGUCGUGUUGUCCUCUGCAGAUGCAUCUCCUUUGCGUCCUGACGCUGGGAAAGCAACCCUCAGCUUUGCCGCUAGGGUGAACGCCAGGGGUGUUGUUAAUAUCGCUGCCGCCGACAGGGCUCGCGCUCAGGCGAUGAAGCAGGCUGGUUCCAUGGGCGAGCGUGCUGGCAGAUCCUCUUUCAGCAUAACCAACGCUGUCGUUACUUACACUGCCCAAGUUGGUGUCGGCAGCCCCGCCACUGAGUACACACUCCUCAUUGAUACGGGCAGCUCCAACACCUGGAUUGGUGCAAACACUCCAUACAAUCCCACUAUCACUAGUGUGGAUACUGGCAGUACUGUUGCAGUGUCUUAUGGUUCCGGUAGUUUCUCGGGAGGAGAAUACACGGACACCGUUACUUUGAGCACUGGUCUGGUCAUUACCGAACAAUCCAUCGGAGUUGCGAGCAACUCAGAAGGCUUCGGAGACGUGGAUGGAAUUCUCGGAGUCGGACCGACUGACCUGACGUAUGGCACCAUUUCUGACCUUGAGACAGCCCCCACUGUCACAGACAACCUCUACAGCCAAGGUUUCAUAGGCGUUGAGGCACUCGGAAUUUACUUUGUUCCUACCACUGCCUCUGAUGAUGCCGGCGAGCUCACCUUUGGUGGGCACGAUAGCUCAAAGAUAACGAGCUCAGUGACUUACGUCCCUCUCACGACUACGUCACCUGCUAGUGAUUACUGGGGUAUCGACCAGUCUAUUUCCUAUGGACGUUCCACCAUUUUGUCUGAGACUGCUGGUAUUGUCGACACCGGCACGACUCUCGUUCUCAUUGCCUCCGAUGCGUUCAGCGCGUACCAGACUGCCACUGGUGCUGUGAUGGACGAGGCCACUGGUCUCCUGAUGAUCACCUCAAGUCAGUAUGCUAAGCUGCAAGCCCUGACCUUCAAGAUUGGUAGCAAAACCUACGAACUGACCCCCAACGCCCAAAUUUGGCCGCGUUCCCUCAACGCUGACAUAGGCGGCAGCAGUGACAACAUCUACCUUAUUGUUUCUGAUAUCGGAAGCGACUCUGGUUCUGGAUUGGACUUCAUCAACGGUUACACAUUCCUUCAACGCCACUACUCUGUUUUCGACACCACCAACAACCAAGUCGGCUUCGCAACCACCUCAUACACUGAUGAUACGAGCAACUAA